UCGACUCGAGUAUACAAUCAAAAGCUAAAGCUAACGCAUACAGAUACAGAGAGAGACACGAACCAAAGCCAAAAGAGUGAAAAAAAUGGCAGCGACGACUCUUCCCAUCGCAACCACAUUCCGCUCCUCCUCUUAUCUCGCUCACUCUUCUCCCCAUGGCUUCCCUUCCCGACCCAACACCAUCCUCAUCAUCCGCUCACCUUCCUCCACACUGACCCACCGCGCAACCCACCUCCGUCCCAUCUCCGCCGUCGAAGCUCCGGAGAAGAUCGAGAAGAUCGGGUCCGAGAUCUCUUCUCUGACCCUCGAAGAAGCCCGUGUCCUCGUGGACUACCUCCAGGACAAGUUCGGUGUGUCGCCGCUCUCUCUAGCUCCCGCUGCUGCAGCUGCGGCUGCUCCGGGAGACGGUGGAGGUGCUGCGGUGGCUGCGGUGGAGGAGCAGACGGAGUUCGACGUGGUGAUUAAUGAAGUGCCGAGCAAUGCGCGUAUCGCGGUGAUUAAAGCGGUUAGGGCUUUGACUAGCUUGGCGCUGAAGGAAGCGAAGGAGCUUAUCGAAGGGUUGCCGAAGAAGUUUAAGGAAGGUGUGACCAAGGACGAAGCUGAGGAAGCUAAGAAGCAGCUUGAAGAAGCUGGCGCCAAGUUUGCGUUUAGCUGGAUCGAACUUUGAAAUCAGGCUUAGGUUAGGUCAGAGAAAGCCUUUGCUUGAUCGUUGGGGACAGGACACACCCAUAAGCAACUUUUGUUUCCACCAGUGGAAAUAGUAGUAACUUCUCAAUGGGCUUCUGUUGUGUUGACUGACUCGAUAAGCUUAACUCGUUCGCACUGGCCUGGGCCAGCCCAUCUUGUUGUUUCA